AUGAACAACAUUCGACAAAAUCUAUUUGGCCAGGGCGCUAAGGGUGGUAAGGAACCUGCAGGUUACGGAAGACCUCCACCCCGACCUCAAAGAGAAGAAACCCCAUCACAAAAUAGCGUCAGCGAAGUUGGAGCUGGCUCCAAUAUUAAUAGUAGGGGUAACUAUGAAGAUUCGUCACAAAAUGUUAUGCCUCAGAGACCAGCAGCCGGAAGAACUCCAGCGUCACCACUGCGUGGCACCCAACUGAGGAUUGCAAAGGUUGAAGAUAAGACCCUACAAAAUCAAUACAUUUUCGGAAAUCUCUGUGCCGUAUCGCCUCAGAACUUUCCCCCCACGCCGGAUGGAACUGAUAUGUACCUUCUUCUUAACCAGAAGUUUGUUGUCACUGUUCGACCUUUACAAGGCUUUCCUUCGGGAUGUAUAAGUCUUUCGGAUCCUCAAAGAACGUGGUGCGACGUGGGGAUGAUGGAUCCUAUCAUGGCUGAGCCCUACAGUCCCUUUUCUUCUGGACCCUGCACCUACUUGGGAUCAUUAGAUGUGGAAGUAGGGUUUGCAUCAUCUAAAAAGCUAACAGAGGCACCUUUUGAUCAAGACGUUCUAGCUGAAGCUUUCAUCAAACAAUUCGAAAAUCAGAUUUUUGCACCUAGCCAAAGGCUUCUCAUGGACUACAAGAAUAUUCCCUUAAUAUUCAUGGUAAAAACUGUGCAGCUAGUUGAUCUUAGUAUGGAAAAGUCCUCUGAAUCGGCACCAACCGUAUCAACGUGGAGCUCAAGGGGAAUAUUAACGAGACAAACUCCCAUCACAUUCUACAAGGAUUCAAAAUCUCCAAUUAAAUUAAAAGGGUCCUCCAAAAGACCAGCUGCCAAUUCAAUAAUUGCCCCUGAUUUUAAGUUUGAGGAUAUGGGAAUUGGUGGACUAGACACUGAAUUCGGAGCUAUUUUUCGAAGAGCUUUUGCAUCGCGGAUAUUCCCACCUGGUCUAAUCGAGAAGCUAGGAAUACAGCAUGUCAAAGGAAUUCUGUUAUAUGGGCCACCUGGAACAGGAAAAACUCUUAUUGCAAGACAAAUUGGUAAAAUGUUAAAUUCUAGGGAGCCCAAGGUCAUCAAUGGUCCUGAAGUGCUGAAUAAGUACGUUGGACAGUCCGAGGAAAACAUUCGAAAGAUGUUCGCCGAUGCUGAAAAGGAAUACAAAGAAAAAGGUGAUGAGAGCGGCUUACACAUUAUAAUUUUUGAUGAAUUAGACGCCGUUUGUAAGCAAAGAGGUAGUGGAAAUGGUGGUGGAACUGGAGUUGGAGACAGUGUAGUAAACCAGUUACUCUCAAAGCUUGACGGUGUAGAUCAGCUCAACAAUAUUCUGCUUAUUGGGAUGACUAACCGUAAGGAUAUGAUCGAUGAUGCUUUACUACGUCCUGGUCGCUUAGAAGUUCACAUGGAAAUAUCUCUUCCAGAUGAACACGGUCGAGCGCAAAUUCUCAAAAUUCACACGUCAAAAAUGCGUGAUAACAAUGUCAUGGAUACAGAUGUUAAUGUCCAAGAACUAGCCCAUUUAACAAAAAACUUUUCUGGCGCGGAAAUUGGAGGUCUCGUAAAGUCUGCAUCAUCAUUUGCGUUCAAUCGCCAUGUCAAGGUUGGCACUGUUGCUGGUGUUAGUGAUGAUAUUGAGAAUAUGAAAGUUAACCGAGGCGAUUUCAUGAAAGCCCUCGAUGAAGUAAAACCAGCAUUUGGCGUAUCCGAAGAAGAGCUUGAGAGCGCUAUGGGUGCUGGCAUUCUUCAUUAUAGUCCUUAUAUUGAAAACAUACUUAAAGAUGGUCGUCUAUUUACUGACCUCGUCAAAAAUUCAUCCACGACAUCCGUUUUAUCAGUACUGCUACAUGGACCUCCCGGCUCAGGAAAAACUGCCUUGGCAGCUAGAAUUGCAAAAGAGUCUGGAUUUCCUUUCAUUAAGCUUAUAACCGCAGAGAACAUGGUUGGAUUCGGUGAAAUGGCUAAAAUCCAGUACCUUAACAAGGUCUUUACCGAUGCAUAUAAAUCUCCACAAAAUAUUGUCGUAAUAGAUAAUAUAGAACGUAUCAUAGAGUGGGUACCGAUCGGUCCUAGAUUUCUGAACCCAGUUCUUCAAGCGCUCAUGGUACUGCUCACAAAGCAACCACCUGCGCCUCGACGUCUUUUGAUUCUCGGAACCACUUCGCAACGUUCUGUAAUGCGACAAUUAGAUCUUCAGCAAAUAUUCAAUCGCGAACUCGCUGUACCAAAUGUGAACACUCAUGCCGAACUUUCCUCUGUGUUACGCGAAAUGCAGGCAUUUCCGCAGGAGAGUGAUCUCACAGAGAGUCUUAACACUUUACGCGACAUAACGGGUACUGAUCAUGUUGGUUUAGGGAUUAAAAAGGUUCUACUAGCCGUCGGAGAGGCCCGACAAGAAGUAGGUAACAUGGCUGGUAGAUUUGCAGAGGUCAUCUCACAACAGAUUUCGGCUUCCUUAGACUAA